AGGAGGGAAAGAUGAUCUUUGCCACGGCUCUCGUCGUGCUUGGCCUCACCGAGUCGGCUGACGCCCUCGUCCCACAGCAGUUGGCGAGGGCCCUCGUGGCGGUGAAACAUGCGUCUGCCCAGACAAGUGUGUCGUCCAGGGCCGGAGGUUGCUCAUCGCACUCGGAUUGCAGCGACGACAACUACUGCGAUACCGCAAUGAACUGCUUCCCGUGCUCCGCGUGCGCUGCUGUUGACGACGCCAUCGACGGAACCUGCCCGCCGAAGUGCGGCGACGGCGGCGGAGAUUUCGGAGACCUUUGCAACGAUGGCUCCGGGUGGGAAGAACUCUUUGGCGCCGACCUGCUUGAAUGCCUCUGCGAGAAUGGCGCGACCUCAGCGUCUGUGAAUGACCCCGGCCUUGAAAUCAUUUGCAAAUGUGAGGAUGAGUUUAAAUCGUCUGCGUCAGUCCAACUCGCGGCCGCUUUGUCGGGCCAAGACCCCGACGACUACUUCAAGGAGACUGUUCUCGAGGGGGAAGAGUGCCCCUCGGACGACCCCUGCUUCGCCCGUGACACCCUCGCCCUCCUCCCGUCGGGGGAGCGAGUGCCGAUGGCCUCGCUCAAGGCAGGCGACCUCGUCAUGGACGGCCCCUCAUCAGUCGCCCGCGUCAUCGUCAACCAGCAUCGCGAGGCCACCUUCAAGUCGGCCCUCCUCGAGCUCGAGCACGCCAACGGCAUACUCUCCCUCACCCCCGAUCAUGUGCUGGAGGUGGACGGAGAGUUCGUCCCCGCGCGCAUGGUCGCGGCCGGCUCCAAGCUCGGCGAGUCCGAGGUGUCGCGCGUCGUCGCCUCGGUGGGCGAGGUGAUCAACCCGCUCACCACCUCGGGCAAGAUCCUCACUCAAGGCGGCGUGCUCGCCUCCACCUACCCCGAGUGGGUCGCCGAGUACAUGCUCUCCUCCUACCUCGUACCGCUCCCGCUCUCGCUCUCCAAUCUGCUCUCGUACCUCUUCCCGGAGACCGCGCAGGCGUACUACGACGCGCUCAUUGAGCCGCUCGUCACCAAGGCCCACCCGAAGCACCUAAAGGCCGCCCUCCCCGCCCCGCUCCUCCCUGCCGCCUUCCUUGUGGGCGACCUCGCCGUCUCCGCCGGUUUCGCCGCCUUCGCGCUGGCCUCGCCGUCGGGCGUGGCGGCUGUCGCGGUCCUCCUCGCCGCCAAGAUGCGCAAGGCGCGCAAGUGAAGAUUAAGGCCGGCUCCACGUCGCCGUCAACCGCCCUGGCCGGUUGUCUGAAUCCUGUGUACUACCAUCGAGCUUCCUUUGCAUGUCGAGGGCUGCGCCCCAUGAACCCGCAUCCGGCGCCAGAUCACAUGAUCCGGUGGGAUCGCGUGCGCCCUCGGGCCCCGAGCCCCUCC